CUUCCGCCUUCUACACUUUUGCAUCCUUGAGCUCUUGUUUUCAGUGAAGUGAAGCAUGGAGAGGAUGAAGAAAGAUUUUUGCCUUCAAUAACUGAACUAAAAGACACAAAAUCUGCUCAAAAUUAAGGUCGACUUUCAGAAUGAAGGUGAUUGUGUUGUUUGUGUUUGUGCUGGGUGCACUCUCUGCUGCAGGUGAAGAUUUCAUUGCAAGAGUCGGGGGGAAAGUCACAUUGAACUGUGGAGUCAGCAGCUACAGACGCUCUCUGCAGUGGCUUCAUCGAUAUAACUUAAUUCAUAGUGUUGAUCAGAGAGGCUUCACUCGCAAAGGCACUGUUGAACUUGUGCAGAGGUCAGUCCUGAGACAGACGAAUCUGGAAAUCUCCAGUGUGAGAGAAACAGAUGUUGGACGGUUCACAUGUUUGGCAGAUGGGACACGUCACGAACAUUCACUUUCUGUGGUCUCAGUUUCGGUCUCCGUCAAUCCCUCUGCUGUUCUCAAGCUGAACGAUGAGGCAAUGCUCCAGUGUGAGGUGAAAGGUCAGCACAAAGGUUGUGAAGUGAAGUGGAAGAGUCCAAAUACAAAGUCACCCACAAAUCCAUCAACAGUUCAACUGAAACCUGUAACAAGCUCACAUAACGGGGCCUGGGAGUGUAUCGUCACCUGUGGCAGCAAUAUGUUUAGUCAGAGUCUGACCAUCACAGUACAAGAGCCUCCAACUACAACAACUACAACAACUCCACCAACCACCCGUAAGAACAUCACAUUAUUUGUAACAAGUGUUCAGAAGAUAACAUGUACAACAUGUACAACAUGUACUGCCAACGAUUGCCCACUGGGACUCUUCUGCUGGAUGUGGAUUGCAAUCGGGGUCUGCUGCCAGUUUGUUCUCCUGAUAGUUUGUGUCACUGUCUUGUAUGGGUGAUCUUCAAUUAUCAGGUAAAGGUGUGCACCUCAGAGACCUGGGAUCUACCUCUACUGCAGGCUGAAUGGGGUGAUAUUUGUCUUUAAAUCCUCUGAUUACAAACCACAGGUCUGUUCAGAGAGCAGGUUCGGUUUGUUUCCUGGGCCUUGCUGAGUAAAACUGAGAACCCCAUUGCUACGGGCCAUUCGA